UAAUUGGUUUUACUUUGCCGGCUCUGUUCUCUGCAAAGAGGGCAUCCCGUCCUCCCAGUCGCCAAAACGCUACUCACGGAACAGCAUCAAGAGAACUCGAAGUCUGCCGACGCUGGGGACCGCUCUUCCUCGGAGAUCCAUACUUGCAGUGCAGCGAAUGAGUUGCAGCCUGUGCUGCUGCAGAGGCCGCCCGAGAGGGAAUCCCUCAAAGUCGCCUCUGGAGUGGGCCGGGGAAGUGUGCGCUGCUCAGGACACAUGGACCAUGGUCUGUGGCGUUACCUUUGGAUCGCGCAGCGGUAGGUGGGCCUGGUUGCUCCUGGCUCUGUAUCCUCAGGCUGGCCCGAACGCCCGCUGCGAACUCCAGACUUGACAGCUUCUGCGGGUGUGAAGGAAGAUGUACGCUACUGUUGGGUGCCUCGCUGCCUGGACCCCUAGCUCACGAUGUCCUCAGCCUGGGAAAGACAAAGACGUCGGCGCUUUGCACGCGAAUUGGGCUCCUUGGCACAUUCGUGCAGCUGCUCCGGCGAAAAAGCACGGUCUAUGAAAGUUUGUAGCCACCGCCUCGCCUGCGGCCUCGGGAGUCUCAACCCAAGCCAAACCGGCCUUAGAGCCCAGAGCAGCAAAGCCACAGCAGGCGACGCGAGCUAAUGCGGGUCGCGCGGAGGUUGGGAGCCCAGGCGGCGGCGGCAGCGCAGUUAUUGCCGGGUGACUCUGGGGACGCGCGCAGAUGGGGAACGCCUCCAGCCGCGCACUCGGGGCCAGCUGCAGCUCCCUGGAACCCCGCGCUGAUAGAUCGUCUCAUUUCCCGACUUGAUGGGCCGGAACCUGGGAUGGCUGUGCAGGCGGGGAGAGGCGGGACGAAGAAAGCCGUGCAUCCCCCGGGAGGGAGAGGCUGCCUGUCCUGGCACCCUGCCCCAGGGCUCAGGCGGGAGUCAGAGGGAAUGCGAAGAGUGGGAAGUCCGAGGCUGAGGUUGGCUUCCCAGAAUCUUCCUCCAUCUCAGGAACUAGAACUCCGACUCCACUCCAAGGUCUUCCUCGUAGUCUGGAUCUUGGAGAGCACUGAACGUUUCUCAAACCUGGGAUCUUAAAGAAUCCCAAAUCUGGGUGCACCUUGGCCGAAUAUGCUCUCCCAGGUUAGACUGUCAGGAAAGCCGCAGCUCUCUAGAGGGCCAGGAAACACCACAAGGUUCAGGGCAUAUGACAAAGUGCUACCCAAAACCCAAAGCCUGGUUCUGGGACCAGUAGCCUCAAGUUUGCCUGGACACUGCAGGAUUGCAGGCCUCACCUAGCGCUACUGCGUCUGAGCCUGCAUCUGAGAGAUAGCCAAGGACAUGUGCACAGUCCGGUUGGAGAAGCCCUUGCCUAAUUUACAGAACCUGAGUUUAGCCUUUGACAAUUUGUUCAACCCUGUUCCUUCCAGUCUCUUCUUAUCACCUGUCAAGUGGGAGCUGUUUUGGAGGCCCUGAGGGGCUUUACACACUCCUGAAUGCACUUCAGACCAAUGGAAUCAGAAUCUCUAGUUUGGUGGAGCAUAGGCAGGAGUGUGUGUUUUAAGUGUCUCCAGGUGAUUUUAAUGGCAGCCAGGAAUGACUAGUGGAGAAAUACCCACUUUACAGAUUAGUUGAUUAGCUAAGAUAAGGCCUGGGCAAGACAAUAGGUACAGUGAUAAGGCCACUGCUCUCUGUAGCCCGAUCCAUUCUG